GGAACGAUUUAAUCGCCAACCGUUGUGCAAACAAGGAAAAGUAUUGGUGCCAACACUGAACCUUGUGGAACUCCUCUCCACCACCAACCAGUCGACUUUGUGUGCGUGUGUGUGACAAUUCGAACACUAGAUCAUGUUACCAGAAGCAUUUGGAACCCCCCUUGGAUUCGAGCUUAGAGGUAUGUUUCGAGCGCGUGGGUUAUGAGUAUCUGCGAUUACCCAGCUGCCCAAGAUGCCAGCAACAUUUACAUUCCAGUCUAUCCAGGCCGGAAUCCAUCUUCUCACCAGCAGUGUAUACAACUAGGGAGAAGGCUGGGUCAUGCCGCCCACCCCCAAGCAAGAGCAAGAAAGUCUAUAGCGUCCAUCAGAAAAUGGAGCAGCCACAAGUCUGGCACCGGCGUCCCUACAUCUGCGCACUACACUUGGUACUUGGUAGAGCCACAAGAGUUUCCCCCGAGCGAACUCAUCAGCCUCAGUGGUGCUCGGAGUCCGACCUGUACCCUUCAAGCGUCUUGGAAGCCCCGUCAUCCUGCUGCUGCUGCUGCUGCUGCUGCUUCUCAUCUGUGUCCAUGUGAUAGCAGUCCAUCUCCAGGUCAUCUUCAGAGGAGGACGCUGACACCAGAGGCGCGUGGUCCGGCACAGGCUCUGCCACUACUGAAAGGAGAACCAAGCCAGUGUGUCCUAACAAUCCCUAAUCCGCGGCAGGAAACUGGUUCUUCUUGCAUUGGAAGAAACCGAAGAAAACCGUCUCGCUGCACCUUCCAACGGAGGAACUGGACCUUGCUUCGCACCAGCUGUUCUGAUGACACGUGGUGCCAUUUGGGAGUGAGUGACACAUCGCAGCACCUACAGAGGAAUUGAACCCUGCCUCGCACUAGCUGUCCUGAUAACGUGGUGCCAUCCAGGGAGGGAGGACACAUCGAUGUACCUUCCACGGAGGAAUUGGACCCUGCCUCGCACCAGCACUUCAUUGACAACACCUGCUCCCAUCCAGGGAGGGAGGACAGACUGCCUCGCUUCAUCUAACCUGACCUAACCAAUACAUGUUGCCGAUUACUCUUGUAAUGUUAUUCCUUCCGUGAAUGUACCUAAAUAGCAAAUACAUGUUGGCAGUCA